CAGUCAAUUCAAAGGGGGAGAGAAAGAGGAAGAGAGAGAGAUGGCAACACCAACACCACCACCACCAGCAUCACCCUCUGUUAUUUCUUCUAAUCAUCAUCAAAAUCUUCAUAGUGUAUUCGUUUAUGGAAGUUUGUUAGCUGAUGAUGUUGUGAAGGCGUUAUUGAAUCGUGUCCCUCAGAAUUCUCCUGCAAUCCUUGACAAUUUUAAAAGAUUUAGCAUUGAAGGACGUAUUUAUCCUGCAAUUCUGCCAGUAGAGAACGCACAAGUCACAGGAAGGGUCUGUCUCAAAAUCUUUGUCAUUUGUUUUCAAAGUAGAAGUCGUACUAAACUUAAGACAUAUUCAUGCAUAUAAAACACUUGUUGUAGUCAAUUUAUCAUCUUUCUAAUUCAAGAUUGGAUUCGUACAGACUAGUUUAAAAGAGUGCCAUUGACUUCAAUAAAGUUAUAUCUGUAUCAUCUUUGUUA